AAAGAGCCAUAGCAAGAAAAAGUCUAAGCGCAAAUUUAACUGCUUGAGUAAAAACACAUCUACGUAAUAUGCUGACCCAGCACUUUUUCCUAUUGGUUAGUUUUUGGCACUUUUUUAUAUUAAAAUGUUCCUUAUGUCUCACUGGUACCUGCUGUACCAUUUGUUAUAAAAAAGUCAGUUUUUCGUGUUGAACAUUAGGCUUCAAAAUAUGCUAAGUCAGCAUAAUCUGGUAUAACUGUGAUCGCGAUUCUCGUCGUUUCCGUAUUCCUGUAAAUUGGAAAGUAUUACUGAGUUAUUACAAUUUAUUUACUACUAACAGAUUGACGACGUAUACUGACUUUCCUAUAAGAGGUUAGUCGUUAGUCGGUAGCUAAGAAUACCAUCCCUGGGAUACCAAAAUAACUGCUGCCGGGCUAUGGUGAAAGCUAAGAACAUCUUGACACCAAUAAUUUCACUCGCUCCUAGUAACAGAAUUAUUAAGCAUGUACAGUGGAUUAAUUACUAAAAAAAUUGUAAGGGUUGUAGUAAAGGCGGUUGGAUUUAUUGUUCUUCUGGCUGUGCUGCUGGUGCACCGCAAUGUGGAAUUUUCAACUACAUGCAACAUUGUUGGCUAUUUGGCCUAUCAGUUAGGAGCUACUACAGAUCACUCUGUAUAUGUUGAUAAAGAUGUAGUUUUUUAUAAAGAAGAAAGUUACAAAUAUGUUUUUAAAAAUGAAGAAAUCUGCAAGAAAAAGCCACCGUAUUUAGUUAUAUUUGUUAAAAGUUCACCUCAAAAUGUUGCUCAGAGAAAUGCUAUUAGACAAACCUGGGGUGAUAUAGCUGGGUGGAAAAUGAAAAUGAACCAUGAAAUAAUAAUUGCUUUUAUGGUGGGAUGGACAAAUCAAUCAAAUUCAGAUCUUACAAAAGAAAAUGCUGUGUAUGGUGAUGUUGUUCAAAAAGAUUUUGUUGAUACAUUUAAUAAUCUUACAAUAAAACUGGUGUCUCAGUUAAAUUGGAUGACAAGAUUUUGUCGUUAUUCAAAAUUUUUCAUGACAACUGACGAUGAUGUGUUUGUUCAUGUACCAAAUUUACUUCAGUUUUUAGAAAAUACUUCGGAAACAAUUAUUUACACUGGCUGUGUGUUUUCUGGAUCUGCACCAAACAGGAACAAAGAGAGUAAAUAUUAUGUACCUUAUUCUUCAUACCCAGGAUUGUUCUUUCCAAGUUACUGUGCUGGUGCUGGGUAUAUUCUUUCAAACACCCUAGUAACUAAAUUAUUUAAACAGUCCGAACUUAUUCCAGCUCUUUAUAUUGAUGAUGCAUAUGUAGGGAUUUUGGCAAAAUCUGUAAAUUGUGUCCCACAACAUAAUGCUAAAUUUACUUGUGGUACAAAUAUUGAUUCUGAUAAAGAUUUCAUUACUUCCCAUAGUUACGAUCCAACAGCAAUGAAAACCCGGUUUCAAAAACUAACUUUACAACAACUUUCAACAGCAUGAUAGCAGCAUUUAUAUAUUAUAAAUAUAUAUUGCAUAUAUUUUUAAGUAAGACCAAUUAGUUAAUGCAUUAUUGCCAAGUUAUUAUAAGUUUGGGUUUCAAUCUUUUUGUUAAUUGCUAGCUAGCUGAACUUUGACAUGAACGGUUUUUUAGUAUUUCCUAUCUUCCCUCACAUAUAUGCUAAUAUGUGAUCUAAUAGGUGUUCUCUCUCUUGCAAACCUGUGUUUUAUACUGUGAAUGUUAGCCUGUACUUUAUCUUACGAUUAAUUAACUGUAUGUUUUAUAUCUGUCGCAAUUUAUUCUGUUAAAACCAAUAACAUGGUAUUAAAUGUUGUGGGUGGUUAACUUGAGUAGAAUAGUGUUCGGUGAGAAACAGAUCUAUUAUGGCAUGUUUAACAAGAGCCAGAUGUCUUAUACUUGUUUUAACUGUUGAAUGUGGACCAGGCUAUAUUUGUUUUAACUGUUGAAUGUGGACGAGGCUCUAUUGCGCAGUAGGUCCAAGCAAAUAUAAUAACAACCCGGUUCAAAUUGAAUUUGGUCCUUUGUUGAAACCAGUCACAAUGAUAACAUGUUGAAAUUUUAGUGUUCUAUUGAAAGUUAGCAAAACCAAGUUGAGUAUGUCAUAUAAUAUAUCCUAGAAUAAGAUAUAUUAUAUAACAUACUACUACUCACUAACUUAAUUUAGAUUAGUUUAGUUUUCCUUAAAUUACUUGGAAAAUUGAAAAAUAGAACUUUACUUCACACAAUGGAAGUAUACUAUCUGGAGCAAGUGGAACAAUGAAAUAAGUUGGUGUUUUGUACUAGUGCUUGUUGACACAGCAUGAUUUCUGACGUAAUUGGACAUAGUGGCAAAAGCAAGAUAGACUAUGGUUUAUAGAAAUGAUCUUUGGAACAGUGUGAAACAUUAAGUUGUGUAAUGUUUUGGGUUUAACAUUAUUAUUUGAUUGGCACCCAAACCUUUUUCUUUGUCUUCAAGAUAUACUCCAGUUUUAAUUAGAUCAGUUGUAUUCCUUGUUAGUCAUGUGAAAGUUGUAAGUUUUUUUUUCUUCCCCCUAUUUAUAUUCUUUUGUGUUUUUUUAUCACUAUUUCUUGUCCUGUUAUUUUGCGUUCCUCAUGACUAUUCGUAGUUCAAUAAUUACGCAUAGCUUGUUAGUGUGGGCUAAUUGUUGUAUAUCAGUUGAUAAAUGUAUCUUUUAAUGUAACUCGUUUAUAGAUUACUUUUAUUAAAUAGCAUGUUUUAUA